CUACCUUUGAGCGCCCACUAACAGUAAUAAAAAUGCCAUCGCUGGUACAAAUUUCGGAAGAAGACGUUCGUGGCCUCCUAAAAUGGGACCACACGUUCAAAGCGGUUGAGUGUGCUCUUGAGGGAGUGACAAGAGGAUGGGUGUCGCAAACGUCGCAGUGGAUGAGCUUGGGACAAACCGAAAAUAUUAUGAUUAUCCUACCGGGCUACUUAAACCACGAGAAGUACGGAGGAAUCGCGUACAAAUUCUUUACGAUAUUUCCGAGCAACGACAGGCCCAUGUUCACGCAUAUUGCUUUGAUGAAUGAAAAUUCGGGGGAGAUAAAGGCGAUGAUUUUUGGGAACGACAUCACCGAGUGGAGAACGGCUGCUGCCUCCGUGGUUGCGACAAAGCACCUCAUAGGAGCACGGCCCCAAAAGAUUCUCGCAAUUUGUGGAGCUGGUGCCGAGGGACGUGCACAUGCCGUAGCUUUCCAGCACUUUUUUAAUUACGAGCAGGUUCGUAUUUGGAAUCGAACUCCGAGUAGAGCGCAGAAAUUGGUUGAAGCAUUAAAUCACAAUCUUAGCCAACCAAUUUUCCUAGCAGCCGAAACAGUGGAGGAGUGUCUCAAGAAUGCAGAUGUUAUCGUGACGGCGACUCCAGGCGACGACGUCAUCGUCCAACUGAAAUGGGUAAAACCAGGAGCGCACAUUAAUGCCAUUGGUGUAAGUAGCACAGGAACGGAACUGGACAUACCCACAUAUAAAGCGGGACAUGUUUACGUGGAUAGCAUUGAGAACGUAAAGCACCGACUGCAGCAUCUUCAGGCCCAUGGAAUACAGUUUAAGGCGCAGAUUGGAGAUUUAAUUACCAAAUCAGCCGUUCCUCCCGAGUCCACGGAAAUAACGAUUUUUCAAAGUCUUGGAAUGGGGUCGGAAGACUGCGCGAUGGCACGUAUGAUUUACGACCUUCAUAUGAAUAAGUUCAAAACUGCUUCGUAGUUUCCUACCUUACCAGAAAUCUGUAUUUGUAUUUAUACAGGUAUUAUUUAUUUAAAUUUCCCGCACGGAAAAUCUUAAAUGGGAUAUUAUAUUAUAUUACAUCUAUAUACAAAAUAAAACAUUAAU